AUGAGGCUUCGUCAUGGAGCACCAGUUGCUCUGUCCGUGCUCGUGCUGCUGUGCGUCCAUGGAGGACAAGAAGCGGAGGCUGCGGGAGGCGGGUUCGUGAGGGCGCAGGGCACCCGCUUCGUCAUCAACGGCAGCCCCUACUACGCCAACGGCUUCAACGCCUACUGGCUCAUGACCAUGGCCGCCGACCCCGCGCAGAGGGGCAAGGUCACCUCCGCGCUCAGCCAGGCCGCGGCCCGCGGCCUCUCCGUCGCCAGAACCUGGGCCUUCAGCGACGGCGGCAGCAAUGCGCUGCAGUACGCCCCCGGCAGCUACAACGAGAACACCUUCAAGGGGUUGGAUUUUGUGCUGUCUGAGGCUAGGAAGAAUGGGAUUAAGGUGAUACUGAGCCUUGUGAACAACUACGACACUUUUGGAGGGAAGAAGCAGUAUGUAGAGUGGGCAAGAGGGCGGGGGCAGGCCGUCGGAUCUGAAGAUGACUUCUUCACCAACUCUCUUGUCAAGGGCUUCUACAAGAACCAUGUCAAGACGGUGCUGACGAGGGUGAACACGGUGACCGGGGUGGCGUACAAGAACGACCCGACGAUCCUGGCGUGGGAGCUGAUGAACGAGCCCCGGUGCCAGUCCGACCUCUCCGGGCGGACCAUCCAGUCGUGGAUCAGGGAGAUGGCGGCGCACGUCAAGUCCAUCGACGGCAACCACAUGCUGGAGGCCGGCCUGGAGGGCUUCUACGGCGCGUCCUCGUCCCGGGCCGCCUCCGUGAACCCGGCCGGGCGCCAGGUGGGCACCGAUUUCAUCGCCAACAACCAGGUCCCCGGCAUCGACUUCGCCACCGUGCACUCGUACCCGGACCAGUGGCUGUCGAGCUCCGACGACCAGGCGCAGCGGAGCUUCCUGGGCAGGUGGCUGGACGCGCACAUCGCGGACGCGCAGGGGACGCUGCGCAAGCCGCUGCUGAUCGCCGAGUUCGGCAAGUCGCAGAGGGACCCCGGGUUCAGCAGCGCCCAGCGGGACGCGCAGUUCGGCAUGGUCUACGCCAAGAUCUACGAGUCAGCGCGGAGGGGCGGCCCCACGGUGGGCGGGCUCUUCUGGCAGCUCAUGGCCGACGGCAUGGACUCCUACGGGGACGGCUACCAGGUCAUCUUCGCGGAGGCGCCGGCGUCCACCACCGGCGUCAUCACGGCGGAGAGCCGCAAGCUCAAGAUGCUCGGCAAGGCGUUCGCGCGGGCCGAGCGCGCCAAGCGGGACGCGGGCGGGAAGGUCACCGGUGGCAAUUAG